AUGGCUGAACUUGCGACCCCCUCCGCCGCCCAGGUGGCUACCGCCGAUGCUACUGCUCCCCAAGAGAAGCAGCAGACCGUCCGCCCCGAGAAGCCUGAUGAGGACCAGUUCAAGGAGGACCUCGCCAAGGCAGAGAAGGAGCACCAGGCCGCCCAGGACAAGUUGAAUGCCGCCAAGGCCAAGCUCGACACCGCCCGCCCAAACAACAAGGACUCUCCCAACGCCAAGCGCCAGCAGGAGCUCAAGACCGAGUUGAACGCCAUCCGCCAGGCUCAGCAGGGCAACAAGACCGGUCGCAAUGCCAUCUUCGAGAAGAUGAAGAAGCUCGAUGAGCAGCUCAAGUCCCGUCAGAACGAGCUCAAGACCAACAAGAGCCGCGUCAACUUCAGGUCCGCUGAGGAUGUUGACCAGGAGAUUGCCCGCCUCCAAAAGCAGGUCGACUCUGGCAUGAUGAAGUUGGUCGACGAGAAGAAGGCUCUGUCUGAGAUCUCGUCGCUCCACAAGGCGCGCAAGAACUUCUCCGGCUUCGACUCACAGCAGAAGGGCAUCGACGAGAUCAAGGCCCAGAUCGCUGAGCAGAAGAAGCUCCUUGAUGAUCCUGAGCAGAAGGCACUGAGCGAGAAGUACACCAAGCUCCAGACCGAGCUGGACGGCCUGAAGGCUGAGCAGGAUGAGGCUUUCAAGAGCCUCAAGGCUCUCCGUGAGCAGACUGACAAGGCUCGUGCCGAGCAGCAGGAAAAGUACCUUGCCAGGAAGGAGCUCAAGGACAAGUUCUACCAGCAGAAGCGCGCAUUCCAGGAGUACGACUUCCAGGCCCGCAAGGCCCGUAACGAGCGCAGGAAACAGGAACAGGUUCAGUACCUGGCUGGCAAGCGCAAGCAGGCUGCCGAACAGCGCCUCGAGGAGGCCAGCGCCCCUGCAUACCAAGACGAGAUCUUCGCUACCGAAGGUCUUAUCCGCCACUUCGAUCCCUCCGCUCUCCCCGCCAAGGAGACUGCGUCUACCAGCAAGUUCGCUGCCUCAGCUCAACGCACUGUCGACGACUCUGCUAUCAAGGGCACACGUAUCUCAAAGAAGGACACCGAGGAGGAGAGCUACUUCAUGGGUACCGGUGGCAAGAAGGGCAAGAAGGGCAAGAAGGGAGGUGCUGCCCCGGCUGCUGCCAAGUUCAACCUGAACAUUGGUAUCAUUGAGGAGCUCGCCAAGGUUGGCGUUGACGCACCCUCAAGUCAGGCCGAUGUCCCCGCCACCGUCGAGAAGCUCAACGAGAAGCUCGCACACUGGAAAAAGGACCAGGACCGCAAGACCAAGGAGAACAUCGAGAAGGCUAAAAAGGAGAUCGCGCGCCUGGAGGCUGAAGAGGACGCUGCCAACGGCACCACAGACGCCGCCCGCAAGCCCGCCCAGAAGAACGAGGCCGUCAACGGCUCUGCUUCCCCAUCCGCCGAGCUCGCCCAGGAGAAGGACGCCGCUGCCGACGUCACCGAGGACUUGAAGCAGGCCUCCAUUGAGGACAAGGAGGCUACUGAGGCAUAG